AUCCAAACACUUUGUUUCCAGCCUUACAUGGAAAGCCUUUAAACCCUUUGUAACAUAAAUAUGAAGAAUCAUCAGGGUUGUAGAUUUUGAUAGUGGAAUGAAGUACUUAUCAUGUUGCAGUCUAGACUUCUUCUUUCACGUCGCGGUGGUCACCAUGAUUGUGUUGUUUGCUGGAAUGAUGUCUGGGCUCACACUUGGGCUCAUGUCAAUGAGUCUUGUUGACCUUGAAGUGCUUGCCGCAUCAGGAAAGCCCGUUGACCGUCUUCGUGCAUCAAAGAUUUUAUCAGUUGUGAAGAGGCAUCAUUUAGUUCUAUGCACACUCUUGAUCAGCAAUGCUACUGCCAUGGAGGCACUUCCUAUAUUUUUGAACAAAUUGGUCCCGGAAUUGGGUGCUAUUAUCAUUUCAGUGACGCUAAUACUUCUCUUUGGCGAGAUAAUACCACAGUCUAUUUGUACACGUUACGGUCUUGCGAUCGGUGCAGCCGUGACUCCACUUGUUCGUGUGCUCGUCUGGAUUUGGUUUCCCGUAGCUUACCCGAUAAGCAAGGUGCUAGAUUUCAUAUUGGGGAAAGGGCAUGUUAGUCUUUUUCGCCGAGCUGAGUUAAAGACAUUAGUUGAUUUUCAUGGUAAUAAGGCUGGGAAAGGUGGAAGCUUGUCACUUCAUGAAACAACAAUCAUAGGAGGAGCACUUGAACUUACCUCAAAAACAGCACGCGAUGCCAUGACUCCUUUAUCUGAAACGUUUUCAGUCGAUAUUGACGCCAAACUAGAUAAAAAUUUGAUGAAUUUUAUCAUAGAAAAGGGUUAUAGCAGAGUACCGGUAUACUAUGAUCAACCCGGAAACAUAGUCGGAGCUCUUCUGGUGAAGAAUCUAAUGACCAUCAAUCCAGCAGAUUGUGUUCCGAUAAAAAACAUCACUCUUCGACUGAUUCCCAGGGUUUCAGAUACAAUGCCGUUAUACGAUAUAUUAAACGAGUUCCAAAAGGGUCUUAGUCACAUAGCUGUGGUGAUACAACAUCCAAGUCAAGGUCAACGAGUGCAGCCGUCAAUAAGCAAAGGGUCAAGUGACGUGAGAUUAGAUAUUUUGAAUGAAAGCUAUCAAAGCAAUGGGAAUGGAGGUUUAAGCAGCAGGAGAACGUUUCAUAGGUUUAAGUCGGUUUCUGGAAGUGGGAAUGUGUCGCGCGCAGAAUCCUCAAAGAGCAGAAGGUGGUCGGAUAAAUUCUUGCCGGAGGUUGUUAAUAUAACAGACAAACCGUUUUCUUCGUUCAGACAAGAAGGGGAAGUCAUAGGAAUCAUAACAAUGGAAGAUGUUAUGGAAGAGCUCAUAAAUGAUGAGAUAUUUGAUGAAACCGAUCAUCAUUAAAGAAUAACCAGUUGAAGAGAGAGGCCAUAUGCUUAUAAGGAUGAAGAGUGAGAAGCAAAUGGCAAUGAUUACGCUUAUGCUAUACUAACACGCAGAGAACUUAAUAUACUUGCAACUGUAUAAUUGUAGUUACUCAUUAAUCGUCUAUCGAAUUCGCAGUCUAACUCUUUUUCUAUGUAUUAUAUUGGAGAAGUAGCAUUCGAA